AUGGGAGAUUCACAAAGUUCUAGUGGAUACCAAUACUUGUUCGGCGAAGCUGAUGAAAUCACUAAGAGACUCGAGGAGUACCACAGAGAACGUGGUAGAGUCGAUGAUUAUCCAGUGCCUGUAGAAAAUUCUCCUACGAUUAAUUAUCACCUCCAAAACCAACCUAUGAUCUCUACCCAUUAUUAUAAUCCCAUCUCAUCAGAACACUAUUAUUCUUCACAACAAGACAUUUCUCGUUCUGUUUAUCAUCGUCAGUUUCAAAACCAACCUAACACUCGACAUGGGCUAUGCUUUAAAUGUUUGAUAUCGUGGCUAGUGUCGAUGCUAAGACGGUUGUUCGUACCAGGACCAAGGUCGAGACCAAUUCAUACACCGGUUCCCUUUAACGCUUAUCCACAUUCACUUCCAGAACGCUUUGGAGAUCAUCCAAACGAAUAUCCAAUUGAUGGGAUACAAGAGCGUGAAAGAGUAAACAUAGGUGGAGGAGAUGAAACAGUAAAUGUAGGUGAAGGAUUAUUAACAGAGAGACAAAUUUCUCAGUUACCUACCAUCAAGUUUAAACCUUCCAUAGAAGAUAAACAGUGCAUGGUAUGCCACUUAGAUUUUGCUAAUGGAGAGAAAAUAACUCUUCUACCCUGUACUCACAAAUAUCACAAGGAUUGCAUUGGUAAAUGGCUCGAAAGCAGUAAGAUUUGUUGCGUUUGCAGAAGGGAGGUGGUCGUAUGA